UCUGCAGGGGUUCACAUAGGUAAACAUUUGCAAAACCAAAGCAAUCCCAUGGUACGAGACGCUUUUCUUCACGGGAGCGGAAAUUAUGAACCGUUUUGAGUAUUGCCAGGCUCGUCUGUCCGAAAACGAAUCCUUUGUGGCAAAAGAUCGCAACAUAAAGCUUUACGAUGGGGACGAAAAGACAAACUACGAAGAUGGGGAGCUCGUGCUGACUAGCCAUCGGUUGCUGUGGGGACGGAAUGGAGAAAUUGCUCGCGGAGGCAGUUGUUUGGAAUUGAAACUGCGCUACGUAACGGCGGUAGAUGAGGAGGAGGCCAGCUCCAUGCUGUUCGGUCGGAAGAAACGCAUCAUUUUACGCCUGCGAGAUGUAGCGCCGGAUAAGAAACCGGGACCUAUGGAUCUUAGUUGUUCCAGCUUUGUGAAGCUAUCGGGUCGCAAUGGAGUGGAUGUGGCGUUUGUUCAGGCACUUCAUUCUACCCUGGCGGCACGUGUUUGGGCUGUGGCGGAUGAAACGGCCGGAACACGACCCAGUCAACCAGAGGUACCGGUUGCCGGAACCAGUACAGACCCAAACCUUCGCCAGCUGCGCAUCGGAAUAAUGGGCAUCGAGCGUAAUUUGGCAGAAAAACAGAAGCAAACGGAUGCCAACAUUAGUCUUGCGUUCAAAGAUCUGGGCAAGUUGAUGGGCAUGGCGAAAGAUAUGGUGGCCAUAACGAAUGCCGUGAGCGCAAAGAUACGUGAACGACAGGGUGAGAUAUCGGAGGACGAGACGGUGCGCUUUAAAUCUUAUUUAUUGAGCCUCGGUAUUGAUGAUCCGGUGACGCGUGAUGGAACGCGUAGCAACUCGGAAUACUUCCUAAAACUUUCGCGGCAGCUUUGCGAGAUGCUGCUGGAUCCCAUCACCGAAGCGGGCGGAAUGAUGUCGCUGGCCGAUGUGUACUGUCGAGUAAAUAGGGCCCGUGGGUUGGAGCUACUCUCGCCGGAAGAUUUGCUCGAAGCGUGCACACUGCUAACAGGCCCGAUCAAACUUCGCGAGUUUCCGAGCGGGGCAAUGGUGUUGCAGUUAGAGUCACACGACGAUGUGCUCGUGUCGGAGAGAACUGUUGAGCUGGUUGAGCAGAAUGUGUCGCUGAGCUCCGAUGAGCUGGCCCGCUUGGAGUGUAUAUCAUUGCUGUUGGCUCGGGAGCGACUGUUAACGGCGGAAGGUUUCGGCCGUCUUUGUCGCGACGAAUCGAUCGAGGGUUUAAGGUUCUAUCGGAACAAAUUUAUUGAUUGCUGAACGAAUUCCCUCCCCAUUCGCCGCACCCUACAUCGCGGCAUAAUCCUUUGUGGCAGCCCAAUCAGCAUCGAAAUUAAGUAUUCGCAGAUUGUGAUCGGUAACAAGGAACAUUUGACUACAGUCGGCCGCAAUGCUGUACACCGGCGAGUAGUGAUUAUGCUUUUUCGAGGGAAAAUACAUCUGAACACAGCGGUUCGGCACCCGGAUAUCGUACAGGUUGGCGCGGUGAUGGUAUUUCAUCCCGCAGUGCACGGCAUACGUGCCAUUGUAGGAAAGACAGUAGACGGAUGCAUUGUACGGAUCUGUCCAACAGGCCUCAUCGCCACCGGUGCGUGUAUCGAUCAGCCGCAUGGUGGUGUCAAAAUUGCCCGACAGAAUGCAGUGCUCGUCCAUCCACAGCACAUCGUAAACCGCCAUCGAGGGUGAAUUCAAUUGUAUCAUUGUACAGCUGCAACGACAAGUUAUGAAUACCAUUAGCUGCUCGUAUACCAUU